AUGUCGGACCAACAACAGGGCGCGGGCUGGUUAAGCAUCGCCAACCCCCAUGACCCGGAAGCUACCGAUCCGAUCUUGCUGAAGGAGAACUCGGAGAGCCGCUCAUAUACCACAGGGCGCUAUACCUAUUCUGGCAUCAGGACGUUCUACAAACGACACCUCCAAGCAGACCAGCUACCCAACCCACCCCUUCCCCUGCUCGUCUGUAUCCACGGACUGGGAGGAUCAGUGGCUCAGUUUCACCCGCUGUUGACGAGCCUGGUUCACAUAUCAUCAUGCCUAGCCAUCGACUUGCCUGGGUGUGGUCGCUCCGAGUUCACCCAGCAGGCGUGGGACGCCUACACCCCGGAGGCGCUGUGCGAGCUCUUAGAGGUCAUUAUUGAUGAGUACCGUCAGAAAGAGUCUGACCGCAGCGUCGUCCUCAUCGGUCAUAGCAUGGGGACUGCAAUGUGUGCACAGCUGGCGAGUCGUAAUGCCCUGCACAAAACGGAUCUUCGAAAGUACGUCGUAGGACUGGUCGCGAUCUGUCCCUUAGCCGGUCCGCCGACAGAAGACAUGACGACGUUGUUUAGGAGGCUCCUUUGGGUACCCGGCUGGAUCUUUGAUCUGUGGAGAGCCUAUGACCGGCGGGGAGGCCCGCAAAGCGCCAGCGUAACUCGAUUCGUCGGCCCGGGUGCUGACCUCGAGCUCCGCAAGCUCCAGGACCGUUUCAACAAUCAAAGCCGGACGCCCGUUUGGCGCAGGAUGGCCUGGGGAUCACUCCCGACCUAUGAGAAUGGAGUUGCGAAAGGUGGCGUCCCUGGCAAGGACGUGUGGGCCGGCGUUGACGUUCCGGUUUAUCUCGUUGGUGGAAAGGAGGACAAGCUGACGAAACCCGAGGAGGUGGACAAGGUCAAGGAGUACCUCUCAGAGAAGGCGCCUCUAUCACCCGAGACUGGAUCAGACGAUGGCCACGAGGCAAUUGUCGACGCGGCGGCACCGGUCGACACAUCAAAGAAUCCGACGGACCACGGGCCCGAAAGUAUAGAUGAUAUUCGAGACGAGGACUUCCAUCGAGAUCGCCCAAUCAACGAAGACGCAGAAAACGCUUUUGAAGAUCCAUCGACGCCGCAAGAGUCUCCCGCAAACGUCCCGCCUCAACCCCGGCAUCCUACCAAGGUUGUCAGGUCAAUCAUCAUGCCUGCGCCAGCUAAUCAUGCCCUUCUGUUCAUGCCUGCUACAGUCAGAAUUCUGGCCGGUCUGAUCUCCGACUUCCUUGCCAACCAUGUCACUGGUCGUCUGUCUCUUGGGUGGCAACUGCAAUAUCUCUCGCGGGAGGGCAAGUGGGAUGUGAAGAACUUGGCCAAGUGGAAGGGCGUUGUCCCCGUCUCUCACCCCAUCGGUCCAGAAGGUAGCCCACCGGUCUUUAGAGCGAUGAAGACUCUACGAGAAGCAGAUGACACUCAUUGCCCUGCUGAGUUUGUCAAGAACUGGGGAGGAAUCAUCAAGGACGUGAUUGACAUCAGUCACGACAAGCCGGUGUACGACCCGCGGAGCAUGGAAAAGGGAGGCGUGCGGUAUCACAAGUUCGCGACGGUCUCAAAGAUUCCGCCCAAGGACUCGGAAGUAGCUCACUUCAUCUCAAUUGUGGAUAAAUUGCGAGAGCAGCAAAAGGCGAGGGCCGAGGAGGAGAAGUGGGCCGAGGUGGAAGGUCAGACGCAGGUCAUUGGAGUUCACUGUCACUACGGCUUCAACCGCACCGGAUACUUUAUUGUGUGUUAUCUGGUAGACCGAUGCGGAAUGUCCGUCAAGGACGCAAUCGAGACGUUCAAGGAAGCGAGGCCUAAUGGGAUCCGCCAUCAGCACUUCAGAGAUCGGCUCUAUCUGCGGUAUUCGGGGCUCCAGGAAGAGGAGCAAGAAGAACAGCAGCAGAACAGUUGA